GCCUCUGCUGCUCGCAGCUCUCACUGGAAACACGCCAGCCCCGGGGCCGCCGAGCUGAUGCGGUAGAGAAGAGCCAGAGGAGGGACAACACGAGGAUGAGGCUGGAGUGGUCCUUGCCUCUCCUGGGACUGCUGCUGUGUGGGGUUGGCACCUCAGCUCAGCAGGAUGAUAUCAAAUCAACAGAGGAGUUCCUGGUGGAGAUUUCUGGAACCACGGUGACAAUCACGUGUCCCGUGACUGAAGGCAGCAUCGAGUGGGUUCUAUCAGGGAAAAAAACAGAAGGCAACGAGGGGAAAUAUGUCCUGGAGAACCAUGACAGCUCUCCCACCAACGUGAGCUGCUCGUUGAAUCAAGAGAAGUAUGAAAUGUACCUGCAUGCCAGAGUGUGUGCAAACUGUGAGGAGCUGGAUGUCCUGGCAGUGGCAGGGAUCAUCACUGCAGAUCUGCUCAUCACCUUGGGAGUGCUGAUUCUGGUCUAUUACUUCAGCAAAGACAGGAAGGGGAGAGCAAGCCCCAGUGCUGGCACCCGGCAGCGAGGUCAGAAGACACAGCGUCCUCCCCCUGUUCCAAACCCUGACUAUGAGCCCAUCCGGAAAGGCCAGCGGGAAGUGUAUGCAGGGCUGGAAACCAGGGGCUUCUGACACUCCCAUGGAUGCCAGGCUGGGAAACUGCAGCAGAGGGGCUAACUGCUUGGUACCAGUUCUUUGCAGGCCUGCUGAGGUCCUGGCAUUUGC